UUUGACAAACACAACACACACGACCUUCCCACCGUGUACCUUGUUGGUCUUGCCAGUGCAGGGUUGGCCAGCGUGCAACGCAAGGGAGCGGCACAAGGGGCCUCGACUACAGAUACAGCAGCGAAGGACCGGGGACAAGACGAGGGACAAACAGAGUUAGAGGCACGUUGAAGGACGCACAUACACGCACAUACACAAGAUACACACACACGCACACAGACAAGACGCGGAACGAUGUUUGGGCGCCGGUGGUGGCUGUGCAGCCCACGGCGCAUGGUGGUGCUCGCUGCGCUUGUGACAGGCUGCGUACUCUUCUUCAACAGGGGCGAUCCGUCCAACAAUGCAUACGCACACCUUCCACUUAACCAGCAGGGGUUGCCUGAGCCAUACUUCCCAGCCCCAUUCGCAGCGCAUCAUGAAGGCAUGAGGAGACAAGCCCUCGAACUGCAGAACACCCCACAAGCACAAGAGGAGGCCAAGAUCGGGUUUGAGCGCAACUCGUUCAACCAGUUUGUCAGCGACCGCAUUCCACUGGUACAAGCAACAGCCCUGCUUGCGACGCGCGUCUUUUGCUUAGCUUGA